GUUCUGAUAAGUAGACUUUAGAACGCAACCUAAACUGUUGCAUGUUUUACAUUAAUUGGUUUUACGCGUCAUCCAUAACAUGGUUAUGCUGAAUAGACCUUAAAAAUUUAUCGCGCAGAUUUAUAUGACCGCGCGAAAUGUAUACAUGAAGAGAUCCGCCAAUCACGAACCUGAAAUGAAGGACACUGCAUCGCGUGUAUUGUAUGGACAUACACGUGAUUGGUUGAUUUCUCCGUGGAUGAGUUUUUAUAUGCAAAUCUCCAUUCGGUCGGAUCUCGAGUGGGGAAACGAAGGGCCUAGCUAGCCUAUGUGACGUUUGACAGUUUGUCACUGGCUUGUCACUGUUUGCUACGCGCACGUGUCGACGGAGCCGCGUCUGCCACACGGUACAUACAUAUAUACGUUCAGAUCGGACAGUUAUGGUCAUGACCGUUCGUGGUGAUCGCGUACCGAGAAGAAGUAUCACUGAUGAUCAAUAUAUCGCCGUAUCCACGCUGCCGCUCGCCACUGAUUGAGAUCCGGGUUACCAGCUGACUCGUACUCGUCCGCGUCCGCGGAUCACGUCCUUAUAGAUCACGAUGACGAGCAAGAAAGGUCACACCCUCCGUAUAGAAUCCGAGAUCGAUCGGAAUCGCGAGGAGGGUAACUGGAAAAAGGUUAUAGAGCUGGCGGAACAUCUAAAAGUCCAGUACCCCAGCAACGAAUGUUUGGCAAACUUCUUAUGCGGAGAGGGAAGAUUGGAGAGUUUCUUAGAGCAAACUCCACCGAUAGAUGCCAACAUCAGUAAGGCCCGAAAUGGACUAGUGGAAACAAGAAAGUAUUUGAUAUUAGCUGCUAAUGAAAAAGAUAAACAGGCUUUAGUUGUACUGGACGCCCAUCUGCUACUUGGAAAACUUCAUUACGCAAUGGGAAUGUACGAGGAUGCGCUUCACCAUUAUCAGCAAGCCGAACUAGAUACACUCACAGAAAAGCAAUUACCUUGUCGAAGUUUACGUAUUAUAGCAGAAUCAUAUGCAAUUAAAGAGAAAGAAAGAUUGUUUACUUUAGACACAGACAAACAUUUGUCCUGCCGAAGACUGCGCAUUAUAGCAGAAUCAUACGCGAUCAAAGGUCUCUGUCUUGAAAGGCUGCCACCAAACUCCAAGUCGAAAUACAAGAUUGCAGAAUGGCACGAGCAGAUAAUCAAGUGUUACGAGAUUUCUGGCGACUUGACGUUAGUGUAUUUGCAAGAGCAGGACAAAAUCGCUAUGCAGCAACAAAAUGGUAUUUCCACCAUAAGCACAAACAAUACAGGUACAUAUUCCACACAGUCUCCAGUCUGUACCACAAAACAUGUCGGCCCCAUCUUGGAGACCGCGUUGCAAAGAGCGCCGAUAUUGUACAUUCAAACCGGCAACAUACAAGCCGCCAUUAAUCGUUACAGGGAAAUUUUAUCCGCUGUUGAAUCUACAGCCACGCAGAGUCUGCGGGUAACGCUGACAAGACAGUUGGCGGAGGUGUUGUUGCGUGGCAUAAGCGGCGCGGAUUACAAGGCACCAGAGGGACAAGGCGACACAACGGUUGCCGUGAGUAAUAGACGAACAAAUCAUCACUCGUCAUCGGAUUCGCCGUGGAAACCAAAGAAGUACGCGGGACUGAAUAUGUUCGUUCCGCGAAACGAAUACGAGGAAACGAUUCUGUUAUUGUUGAUCAGCGAGGCGAUGGCGGUGAGAGACGCCGUUCUCAGCCAAUCGCCCGAAUUCAAGGAAGCCCGGAUACAUGCGUUCGAAAAUGCCACCGCUGUCUAUGACCUGCUCACGGUCGUUGUCGUUAGAUGGAGUCAAGUGGAACUCUUACACGAAUCUUUCGAAAGAGCGAUGAAAUUCUCUCACGAAGAGGCACAUGUAUGGACCCAAUAUGCAUUAUGCCUGAUAAGUAUGGGAAGAUAUAUGCACGGGUAUAGAGUUCUGAAAGUAGUGGCAAGACUGUCACCUCAAAAAGUAAUGCCUUGUCUGUUGGCUGCAAGGCUGUGCUACGAGCAAUUGAACAUGACAAGCGAAGGUAUCGAAUGGAGUCAGAAAGCACUUCAACGCGAGACAGCGAGUCCACAGGGGAUGCAAUCCAGAUGUCAUCUGUAUAUCGGAAUCGGCAACAGUAUGCUCUCCGCAAAUACGAUCGUGAAACAGGAUAAGGUGAAUCAUACGAAUACCGCGUUGGAUUGCUUUCAGAAAGCGCAACAGUGCGAUCCAAACGAUCACCUAGCCGAGUAUUACCUGGCUCACGAGUACGCGAUAAACAGACAGAUAACAGACGCUAUUGUGCACGUGAAGAUCGCGCUGAAUUUACGAGCAGAACACAUUCCGUCGUUGCAUUUAUUCGCGUUACUUUUGUCAGCGCAUAAACAGUAUUCCGAGGCUUUGCACGUAAUAAACAGCGUAUUGGAAGAAUAUCCGGACAACUUGAACUUUCUCUACGUAAAAGCGCAUCUUGAAUUGCGAAGUAUCGGCGGCGUCGAUGCAUUAUACACCAUCAGUCACAUGUUGCAUCUGUGGAAAAAUCUCUACGAAGAUCAGACAAAUGUUAAUUGUAACGAGCAGCAAAGCGAGAGACGCAGCGAGACCAGAAGCGUCUUUCAACUUUACACAUCAGAGAUGUCCGAUAAAGAUUCUAGUUCUCUGCAUGCGCAAUCGCUAGCCGCUUCAAGAGUCGAGCACGCUCUUUCUGAAGUCGCCUCGUCGAUUAGCUCGUUCACACCAAAGCCAGGACCUCAGAGGGCGUGGUUGCUGCAACUGCAAAUCUGGCUCUUACUCACGGAGGUUUUUCUUAUCUUGGACCAGCCAAAUGGCGCCGUUCUGUCUCUCCAAGAAGCUACCAAUAUCUUUCCACUAAGCCACCAUAUUAUGUACACGCGUGGCCUUCUACAUGAGUAUAAACUGGAAUAUGCGGAAGCGAAGCAAUGCUAUCAAAACGCUGUUUCAAUUAAUCCUUUACACAUAAAGAGUUUACAACAUUUGGGUCUUAUAUAUCACUAUUUGGGCAGUCAAAGACUGGCUGAGAAGACCUUGAGGGACGCCGCAAAAAUUGAUCCAAAUUCCCAUCAGACUUGGUACAAUCUGGGAAUGGUGUUGGAAUCGUUGGGUGAAGUGGAGGCUGCUAGUGAUUGUAUGGCAACGGCGUUGGAAGUUGAGACGACAAAUCCCAUUUUACCGAUUCUAUCGAUACCGGUAACCUUCGAAUGAUUGGAGAAAGAAAAGAGAGAAGUUUCUGAUUUUUCUUAGGAUAAUAAAAUUCUACGAGAUCACGAUUUAUCUCUCUCGCUGUAUCUCCGCGGGCAUUUUCUCGCCUUUCCAUCAAUAGUACCUGGACACGUUGUACUAUUGUAUAAACUUAUUGUUGAAAGAGAAAGAGAAGAUACUUUAAUUGUACAAAUAGUUGCAGUUGAUGUAAUAAAUUCGAAUAAAGUCUUACCUCUCGAUUCCGAGCAUUCG